AUAGUCUUGAACGCAUCAUCAUCAGGACUGUCUGACGGGCAAGGACACACGGGCUGGAUGACAUUUGUGUAAGUUAGCUCAGUAAUGGUUCAGUACUGGUCAGCUGCUCGUUGGUAGAGUGAACCAGCUGGUGACUGGUCACCAGAAGAUGAUCUGAGGAAGUCUCCAACCACACUGACUCAGCGCUUUCUUCUGUUAAAGGUGUGUCCAGGUCUUUCUGCUGUAGCUAAGGAUCAUCCAGAGUUCUGAGGUCCGGAGUCGGUGGUCUGCGUUACCUGCUGUGUCCUCCUGUGGUUGCUGUGUGUGAUGGUCAGCUGGUGACUGGGGUUGCCUCAGCCCCUGUGCUGAAUGGCUGUGAGCAGAGGGGGCGUUGCCUUCUGGGUGGGUUGUGUCCGCAGCCACGGCAGACGGCAACCCAUCAACGGACACUGCUGGAGUCUUAGCCAGACCCGUCCCCUGAGCAGUGCAUCAUGGGCCCUGACGCCCCCCAACAGCCUGAGAUACCAGAAGAAUAAGCAGCCACUGCUGUCCCACCCCUUUCACCAUGCCAGCCAGCCUCAGAGGGGGGGUUACUGGGAGGAGCGCUGGGAGGAGUCUCUCAGUGUGUGUGUGCUGGUGCGACAGGGUGAGUCAGACGGCAUGCACACCCUGCUGGAGGUCCCUUUGUCCAAUCCCAGUGAGCUUGGAUACCUCCUGACUCCUCACAGGCUGUCUGAGUUGUCCUUCCCCCUGACCACGGUUGACGGCAGCAGAGAGGAUGACAUCAGCGUGGACAGCUUCAGGAGAGACAGUGCUGAUGUUUUAAAGAGAGAACAUGGAUGUUUCAGAAGUCUCUUUGAAGCAGAGAGGUGUCCCGCCCCCUUCAUGUAUGGAUCCCACUUUUAUUGUUUUCACUGCCCGGGUACAGAGCCGGGUACCGGGCCUAGACUUGGCAGCAGCCUGAAAUCUGGACAGUAUGCUGGACUUAGCUUGCCUUUGGCGCUGACUCUGCCACCUCCUACCUCCCUAUGCAGCCAUCUAGAGAGAGCUGGGGGGGAGGUGAACCCUUCAGGAGACAGAGAAGGAGAGGAGAAACUGGCCCUGAUGUACGAACGACUGAGGAUAGAGCUCCCCAGUUUCUUCACGAAGACCCAUGACUAUAGCCUGUACUCCAAAGACCUGGAGUUCAUCAACGGCUUCCUCAACACCAAGACCAGAGGGCUGCCUAUGUACCAGCUGACCCUCACGUUGGGGCGUUUCCUAUGUCUGUGUUACUUUGCCAACGCCCAGCUGGAGGUGCUGAAGCUGACCAAACACCUGGAGGACGGGACCAUCAAGGCCCGCUGGAGGAUCAGAGGCCUCCCCCUCCACUCUGUGCUUUUGCGGUUCUACCGCAGAGACAAGUCUCACCUGUACAGGUCAUUGGAUGCGUUCUCCACGUUCUACAUCAGACAGGACGGACUCAUUCACUGUCACAAACUGGAAAAGAUGAUGCCGGCUCACCCUCCUGUGCUCCCUCGGGUGGGGUCUCUCCUGGCGGGGGCUCUGGUGGCUCUGGGGGUGCAGGAGCAUCGUCCUGCUCUGAACCUGCUGCCUCUCCUGCUAUCCUCCCUGAGACAGAGCAGGGACUGACCCCGGAACAGCUCACAGUGUCCGAUCCAUGAGACUCAUACAUCAGUAUAGGAACACGCUAACAUGAAGCUAAGUGUGCUAAAGUUUUGUCAUGAUGCCCGUACAUUAAACACAGAGCUAACAGUGCACACAGCUCCUCCUGUCUGUGAAUAUACAUCAUGACAUAUUAUAAACAAUGACAGAGGCGAACAUGGACUCUGAGCUGUUUGCUGACUGGACGAACACAUGACUGAUUUAUUUUCUUUGAUGGUUCAUUGAUGGAGUUUCCUCAUGUUUGAAAGAACAGUUCCUCUAAUCAUCUGUGUAAACGUUUCAGACGAUACAGAUUAAUGCUCUGAUGCUCUGUUAUUAAUUCAGUUCUAUGAAAACACACAGGUGUGUCAGUCUCACACUGAGCAGGAUGAACAGGUGUCACAGUGCAGAGAGGCUGUCUCCCUGAUCUCUGAAUCCAAACGCACUCAUCAGCUUAUCUAAGAUGAAGACUAGAAGCUGCACAUCACGCCAGUGAGUUCAAGGUUGGGUCCCUCUGUCCGACCUGUCUCCACUCUGCCUGCUGCUGCUGCUGCUGCUGGGUCACACUGGUCUCAUGUGGAUCAAAGGUUUUAGUCUGACCCCGGGACUGUCACAGAGAUCAUCACAGGGUCAGUGAACACACUGUCUGUGAGUUCAUGAAGUGAAUUUGAGACUGCAUGCUGUCAGUCUGAGCUCAGAUCAGUGUGUUUCAGAGUUCAGUUUAAUCAACAUGAAAACAUCUGCUGCAGAUUAUCAGUCCGCUCUCUGAUGAUGGGUCAGUGUGUAUGAGAUGAUAAUCUGUGUGUCCACAGUCAACGCUGCAGACUGACGGAAGCAGUCACUCCAGCUAUACUGAUAUAAAAGAGUUACAUCAGAGAGUUGGUGGCAGGUUUCAGAGGAUGGAGGAACAGCUUUAAGUACGUUUGUUAUUGAUCAGUGACCUGCUAAAGAAAAGAAGAGGCUGAUCUCAGUGUUUCCCACACACACACACACACAUACAUGCGCACACAUGCACGCACGCAUGCACUGUACCCAGGUAUGUCCACCAACCAUAUUUACCUUUCUUUCAUCUGUAGAAGUUCACCAUCCUCUAUCAGGGAUUGUUUGUCGCUCUGAUCACCUGCAGCACCUGACACAUACUCUGCAGGUGACCCCUCCUGUCAAUGCACUGAUACAGGUGUGAUGUUGCAUGUGAACCCUCUCAUACUGCUGUUAAAGGUUGCUGCUGACGUCAUUAUGUCACAUCUUAGUUUUAGGCUGUUGUUUCUUCAAAGAGUCUCGUCCACACACACACUGCCUGCAGUCAGAACAGAAUGGAAAGAUCUUAAAACAAGACUUUUGUUAUUUUGGCAUCUAAAAAAAAGUAUUGAAUCUUUCCAAAGCUCAGACACAAAUGGGGGAGAAAUAGUAGGAGGCGCUUUUGAAUGUAUGAACCUGUCAGUGCAGAGUGAGAUAACAGAACUGAAGAAAAAUAAGGUGAAAAAACUCAAAUAUGUUGGAAGAAGCACAUUUGAUAUACUGUAGAAGGUAACCUUAUAAUGUAAUUAACAGAUGGAUGACGUAAUAUAAUAUAAAUCAAGUAAUCUAUCUCACCCCUCCCCUCUUGUGUCCGUCUCCCCCGCCAGAGGUGCAGCCUCACCCUGUGGGAAACACUGGAUCACUGACUGUAAAUACAGUAAACCUGCAGACGCACUGAAACACUCUCACCAUAACCUGAACGCUGGUUAUUAUUUACUCUAUCGAUCUGAUUUAUUUCAUCUGAAACCUCUUACUCUGUGGUAGGAGGUGUGUGGAGGUCAGACUGUUCUGUUCAACUGUUUAACACAGCAGUUUCAACCUGAAUCCUUAAAAAACAAACCAAGAGUCAAACUGAGAGGCCGCAUGUGAUGGAGAUCUGUCUCCACGUUGAGCUUUGUCCUGAAAACAUGUGGGAUAAAUAUAUUUAUCUGACUGGAGCUGCUGACGUGGUCCAGCCUCCCAUCUGAAGAACCCAACAACAAGCAGAGAGAUACGCCACCAACAGAGGAAUGAAAGAACAGUAAAUAAAGGUGUUUAAAGUGCGAUUGAUCUGAAGAGUUGUCAGAGAAUCAGCUGCACCACAGAGACAAUCUGAUGCUAAAUGAAAGCUACCUGUUCAUUAUACCACAAACAACCUGUACAGGUGUUAACCAGUCAGCUCAGUCUGUCAGAAGGAACACAUGUUCAUGGUCCUCAGUGUGAUGAUCCUUAGACUGACCCUGAUCACAGACCUGAUGUAAACCUGUUGUCCUGUCCAUCAGUCAGCUUCAUUUAAUUCAGUCUGUUUAGAUAUUAACAGUAGAGUUGUUACCUGAUGGAGCAGCUGUACAUACCCACGCUGUCACUCACUGCUUGAUAACAAACAGAGCAAUAAGCAUGCUGUAAUCCUGACACGCCAGGGGAUGAACUCUGCUCUGUGUCCACAAUCAUGUCUGUAGAACCUGGACUCAUAGCUUCAGCGUUUCCUUAUAUCCACCUGUAGAGCUGCAGUAACUCACCUUUGUGAAACCUGGAUGUGUGAAGAAAUAAAGUUAUGAUUAACAAUCA